AUGGGUAAAGAGAAGUUUCACAUCAACAUWGUGGUCAUUGGCCAYGUCGAYUCUGGWAAAUCRACMACCACUGGWCACUUGAUCUACAAGCUYGGWGGUAUUGACAAGCGUGUGAUUGAGAGGUUCGAGAAGGAGGCUGCUGAGAUGAACAAGAGGUCGUUCAAGUACGCAUGGGUGUUGGACAAACUUAAGGCUGAGCGUGAACGUGGUAUCACCAUUGACAUUGCUCUCUGGAAGUUCGAGACCACCAAGUACUACUGCACAGUCAUUGAUGCUCCUGGUCAUCGUGAUUUCAUCAAGAACAUGAUCACUGGUACCUCCCAGGCUGAUUGUGCUGUCCUCAUCAUUGACUCCACCACUGGUGGUUUUGAGGCUGGUAUCUCUAAGGAUGGACAGACCAGGGAGCACGCUCUUCUUGCUUUCACCCUUGGUGUCAAGCAGAUGAUCUGUUGCUGUAACAAGAUGGAUGCUACAACCCCCAAGUACUCCAAGGGAAGGUACGAUGAAAUCGUGAAGGAAGUGUCUUCCUACCUGAAGAAGGUUGGGUACAACCCUGACAAAAUCCCAUUUGUGCCAAUCUCUGGGUUUGAGGGAGACAACAUGAUUGAGAGGUCCAAUAACCUUGACUGGUACAAGGGACCGACCCUCCUUGAGGCUCUUGACCAGAUCAACGAGCCCAAGAGGCCAUCAGACAAGCCCCUUCGUCUCCCACUCCAAGACGUGUACAAGAUUGGUGGUAUUGGAACGGUCCCGGUGGGUCGUGUUGAAACCGGUAUGCUUAAGCCUGGUAUGGUUGUGACCUUUGCUCCCACUGGACUGACCACUGAGGUCAAGUCUGUUGAGAUGCACCACGAGUCUCUUGUAGAGGCUUUGCCCGGUGACAAUGUUGGUUUCAAUGUGAAGAAUGUUGCUGUCAAGGAUUUGAAGCGUGGUUAUGUUGCAUCCAACUCAAAGGAUGACCCUGCCAAGGGAGCAGCCAACUUCACCUCCCAGGUCAUCAUCAUGAACCACCCUGGGCAGAUUGGUAACGGUUACGCCCCGGUGCUGGACUGCCACACCUCUCACAUUGCGGUCAAGUUCUCUGAGAUCUUGACCAAGAUUGAUAGGCGUUCUGGUAAGGAGCUGGAGAAGGAGCCCAAGUUCUUGAAGAAUGGUGACUCCGGUAUGGUGAAGAUGACUCCAACCAAGCCCAUGGUGGUGGAGACCUUCUCUGAAUACCCGCCACUUGGACGCUUCGCAGUGAGGGACAUGAGACAGACUGUUGCUGUCGGUGUCAUCAAGAGUGUUGAAAAGAAAGACCCAACCGGAGCCAAGGUGACAAAGGCUGCCGUCAAGAAGGGUGCCAAGUGA